AACCCUGUUUUGAUUUUACUAGGAAAAACUUAAAAUGCCUUUUAGUUGAUAAAGGAAACCAUCUGUCCCCCUAAUUUUCAUAAUACAUAUUCACUGGCACCCCAUAAAAGUGUAUCUCUAUGAACUAGCUAGUGUUAGUCAAAGUGUAUAAUGACUGAUCCUCUAUUUCCAUGGCUUAGCAAUUUACCUCCAAGUCUGAGUGCUCCAAAAAUUGAUGCUUGUGCAGUUCAGGGUAUAAAAUCAGCCUUAUUGAUAGCGGUGGAGCCACUGCUUUCUGUUAUUGUGAAAAACAAACAUUUUGCCAAUUUAAUUACCAGAAAAUCACUGGUGGUGGAUGAAAAGAGUUGCUUCGCACACUGCUAUUUGUUGGUUACUAUUCUGAGUGUUUUACCAAAUACACCAGAGGGUGUAUUUGCAUAUUGGAUAUCACCCAUCGAUUAUCCAGAGGAAGAAUCUCGUAAUUCACUUUUGGAGGCUGUGUUUGAAUAUUUCAGUCACUGUGUUGUGGAGGUUCGCUUGCCAAUAUAUGUGGAUGGUAUAAUGAGCAAGGGGAAACCAUUGAGAGAGAUAACUUUGUAUGAGCAUGUUUGUACUAGAAUGUGCUCUGUUGUAGCUUCCACACCUGCGGCAUGUUUUUCUGCUGUGGAACGAUGCCUGUUGGAACACGUCCUCCAGGAUGACCUGCUGUGUGCCUUGCUCUCUAGCGAUGUGUGGUGCUUCAUGGCAAGGUGGGGCUCUGCCAAGCUGUGUGCAGGACAUGUAAUGGUUCUUUCUCAACUGUUAUUACAGUUGCCUGCUUCAAGCGCUGGUCAUGUCCACUUGUCGCUACUCAUUCGACGUCUCACUCGUCUAAUGGCUGUGGAACAUCAAGAGAAUCUUGUCACUUCUUUUCCACCGUCGAAGGAAGAAAACAUAACCGCGUGGUGUGUGUAUCCCUUACAAGAUAUGCCUGAGAACGUCAAGAAAAAGGUUUGCUGUUCCCUUGUUCCCUUGUGCAUACAAGUUUGUCACUCGCGAAUAACGAAUCAAUCAGCGGAAGACAACGAGCUAUUGUCGCGCUGCUUAAGUUGUCUCCGGCGAGUUUACAGCCUGCCCAGCACGGAAAGCUAUCUACCUCCUGUUCAUCACUCUGCUACCAUCGGUCUUAUCAAGGAUUUGUGGUCGCUUUGUUGUCAAGGAUGUGAGCAAGUAGAACGAUUUAGAAUCAAUGUGUGGUGCGAGUUACUGGAUUUGACAUCCACCUUACUUACCUUCAUCCAGCCUGAAGAUUAUGCAAAGAUAUUAAUUGGUGUACGAAGUCUCCUCGAUAUGAAGCCUGCUUCAGGAGUUCGCCAUGCAGCCGCAGAGUUUCUCGGGAGAUGCGGCUGUAAGGAUGUCCCAGAACACCUUGAGUCCACAGCGUUAAGCGACAUCAGCGCUAUGUUCUCCACAUUGGUCUGUGACACGCACUGGUUGGUUCAUCAAAAAGCAUUUCAUAGCGUUAAGGGAUUCGCAGAGGUCACCCGUUACACUUACGUGAUGGGAGAUUGUGUUCCUGAAAAUUUACUUCCUUGGUUGUCGGAUUUUCUAAAUCAGCUUCCUUAUAAACACAAUGAAUUCGGAGUUGGGGACAUGACGAAAUCCGAUGUAGAGUUUGUAAGACAACAUCUUGGAACGGAGGUGUGGAGAAAAACACAGAUCACGCCAUCCAAUGACAUUAAAGAAAAAGAAAUACCAUUUAUGGACACAAGGGGUCGAUUACGUAACGCAAGUGUAGAUGAUAACAAAGAGGUAGAGCCUGAACCAAAACGUUUAAAAACACAGCAUCAUUCACCCAGUGAAAGUCAGGGGAAUGCACUUUAUGAUGAAGCAAUACGAAAUUUGAAGAUACCUGUCUUGACAAUUUUUGAUCUUAGAAAGCAGUUUGUGCCUUCAGCAAAAGUGGUGGAACAAGUUGAAGAAAUUCAGACAUUGCUACAAAGGUUUCUCAACGGGAGCGCCGCCAAAUGAUACACUUUUGCAGCAAAUCGCAACUGAGUGGACAGUGAAUGACAAAAAUGCGCGUUAUGUAUGCAAAGUAUUUAAAACUGAGUUUGCAUCUUCAAUACAGACGUUGCCUUCUUCUUGAGCUCAGCAUUUCCACAGCUCUGCACUUUCAGACACCACAUUUGUAGAAAUUUAAAGUACUUUUAACGUUUUGACUUGUAUGAUAGAAUUGACUAGACUCGAAAGAUGUUAUUUUGAAAUGAGUUUUUAUAACUUGUCAAUAAAGAAAAACUUUGAAAUCAC